AUGAGGGUCAACUUAUCCUCCUCUCUAAUCCUUCUCCUCCUUCCGGCGCUCUCCAAUGCGGUAACACCCAUCAAGUCGAGCAUCAAGCCAACUGCUUCGCCAUCUCGCCCAGCUUAUAGCCUCGACUCGCGGUAUGUCGAUGCUGACCCUGCGCCAAAACCUGUGGAUGCCCCCGUGGACGGCAAAGAUGGCAGACCACAUGCGGGUCCGUGGGUUGAAACGAAUGCAGAGCGGGAUCGCAAAAACACCAAGGGAGGUGAUGACUCUAUAGAACUUGUUGUCCCCUCCUCAGAUCAUGUCGGUAUCGACGGAAAAUCUAUCCCGCAGUCGAACAGCGGCGUCAUGGAUGACCCUACCCGAGCGGGUCCUAAAGAAGGCACUAGGGGCACUGAGAAUAAAGUAUCGGAUAAGGCGAAAGAUACUCUGAAGACGGAGAAGGUGCCUGGUGCACCUAAAGAGGCGCCCCCCUGCCGCACAGCGAGACCAAAAAGUUGUCUGCUGCUGACAGCGGCGAGGUGUCUGGAAGUGGAAGCCAGUCUGCUGAUGCAGAUACCCUUGGAAUGCUCGAGGUAUAAACCGGCCGAUCUUCCUGGAAAGCCACACGAUAUCCCUCAUCCCAAGUCUCCCUCUCAAGCCAAGUCCGAUCCCCUGGCUGCGGAGCUCGGCUCUAGUGGCUUGGGCUCUUCCACUUCGUCUAGCACCUACAGCAAGAGCUCAGUACCGGUGGAAAGUGAUGGACUUCACUCUCUGAUAUUUUCAUUUACCAUGAUUAUCGUCUCUGAGAUCGGCGACAAAACAUUCCUCGUCGCAGCCCUGAUGGCCAUGAGACACCCACGUCUGGUCGUCUUCAGUUCCGCCUUCUCUGCCCUAAUCACCAUGACUAUUCUCUCGGCCGUUCUUGGCCACGCCGUGCCCACACUCAUUCCCAAAACCCUCACCAAGUUCAUGGCAGGUAUUCUGUUCUUGGUCUUCGGCGCCAAGAUGCUCAAGGAAGGCCGCGAGAUGUCCCCUGACGAAGGCGUGGGCGAGGAAAUGCGCGAAGUGGAGAUGGAGCUGGAGGAGAAGGAACAGGAGCAAAUUCGCCUGGGUCGUCGUCGCUCCUCCGUCACCCCUCAUAAUCUAGAGGCUGGCCGCGCCGGUGGCCGCCCUAAGUCUCGUGGCUCGCACAACCGACUCCCUUCUCCCCCAGAGAGUGUUUCUUCUUCUUCCUCUCGUGGCACCUCCCCCAGCCACCGUCGCCGUUUCAACGACAUGAUGAACGGCGUCAGCAACCUGUUCUCCCUCCUCCUCAGCCCUGCGUGGGUGCAAACCUUCGUCAUGACCUUCCUCGGUGAAUGGGGAGACCGUAGUCAGAUCGCCACCAUUGCCAUGGCCGCCGGUCAGGACUACUGGUGGGUGACGAUCGGUGCAAUCACCGGUCACGGCAUUUGCACUGCUGCCGCUGUCAUCGGUGGCCGUGCGAUUGCCGGCCGUGUCAGUAUGCGCGUUGUGACACUGGGUGGUGCCACGGCAUUCCUCAUCUUCGGCGUCAUCUACUUAAUAGAAGGGUUCUUCUGA